UUGACCCAAAUUCUGAGCAAACCCAAAUCGUUUUCACCGCACCACCAGCUAAAUUCGGAGUUCCAUCACUCGUGGUUUUCUUCUUCUGUUUAUGAUAGUUUGAAAUAGCCAAAUAUGACGCACUUCUGGCCUCUGAUUUUCCUUUGGGCCCGCUCUACUUCGGGAAUUUUCUCUCACUUUCUGAGCGACAACAAUGGUGAAAACUGGACCAGUCGGAUACGAAUAUGGCCAUGGUCCUUCGUUUUGCAUGCCACCUCUGGAAUCUCCUCUGGAAUCGCCUCCAAUGGAAAUACUAGUAAUACCAUUAAGCGACGCGGACCUUUAAGCUCUCAUCGAGCUUCGUUCCGUGAUUAUACCAUCAGGCAGUAUGAAAAUCGACUCAGAUUGUUCUCGCAUCCCACGAAGAUUUUUCGCUACUUUGCCACCAUAAAGAUGAAGAACAAAUCCGGCAAAUGGGAGCUGUACAUGACUGCCAGAGAUUUCCUGAGAUCCAUACAGCCGGGGGAAAUUCAGCCACAACAUUUGGGCUUGGACAAGUUCCAUGUUCUCGACGAGAAGGCGGCACAGAAAUGGCAGCCGGAUGUCAGUGACGACAGCAUCUUCCUGAAGAUCGAGAAGCGGGGCCUGCUGACCUACAGUGACUAUGUGCUGCUCUCAAUCCUGCUCUCCAUUCCGGAGCGAAACGUUCGGAUUGGCUUCAAGCUAUUUGAUGCGAAUGGUGACGGCGACGUGACCAUCGAGGACAUGGAACAAGUCCUUGUGGCCAUCACCCAGGGCGAGGCAUCCGUGAUGAACUCGCACCUGAGAAAGUAUCUCUUUGACUCGCGAUUCAGUAGGACCAUGGGUAUUAAUGACUUCCUGGAGUUCCUGCAAGAGCUGCACACCGAGAUCCACACGCUGCAGUUUGAGAAUCUCUUGAAGGGGUCAAGAUCGGUGAUCUCCGAACUGGACUUUGCCAAAUUGGUGCUGGGCCUUCGAAAUUCCCACAGUGAGCGACUCGAAACGCUGCAGCGAGUCAAGAAGAAGUUUGGAAAUAUGGAUCGCGGAAUAAGUCUGGAGGAGUUCUUGGCCUUUUUUCGGUUUGUCCAGGAUGUGAGUGUCAUGGAUAAUGCCCUCGCCUUUUACUACUUCACCGGGGCGGACAUUUCACCCAAAACACUGCGACACAUCUCACAUGUAGUGACCGGCGUGGAACUCUCCGAACACCUUACGGAUGUGAUUUUCUCCAUCUUCGAUCACGACAGAGACAACAUUAUUCAGCGCAACGAAUUCACCAAGAUGAGGCGCCAGUGGAUGCAUCCCGUUCCGUUGCGAAAAAAUCUGAGGCUCUCAUCCACGAUCUGCAUUGUCUGCAAGUGCAUCUGGAAAAUACUGCCAACCUGGAAGUCGCCCCUCUAGUAAGGUCCCUUGGGGGAAAACGCUUUUAACUCACUGAC